AUUACCCACAGGAAACAGAACAAUUCCAACAGAUAUACUCGGUCGUUGGAGUAUUUCUUCCUCCCCUUCCCCAGAAUAUCCUCUCUUCAUCACCUUCCCUCCCAUCCCUUUCAAUCCCAAUCCCCGUUACAGCAAUAACAACAAGAAGAAGUGCUUGAGCAGCAAAAUCAAACUCUUAAGAGGGCGAGCCAGCCCUCCCUCCCUCUUUCCUCCAUUAUUCCUCCGAGCGCAGAUUUGUCAACGCAAAGAAAGGUGGGGGGGAAGAAGAAGACGAGGGGAAAUUAAUCAAUGGAGGGCGGGAGAAAUCAAUCGAAUAGUGGGAAUGGGACUGUGAAUAAUGUUGUUCGAUCUGGGUUUCCUCUCAGCUUCUGGGAAGCCGCCGUUGGCGCCUUCGUCAUUCUCGGAUUCGCGGUGGGUCUCCUCCUCGUUUACCUCACCCUCCCGCCGUCCGAUUACAGCUUCCUCAAGCUGCCUCGUAACCUCGAGGAGCUCCAAAUCCUCAGGGAUCACCUUGAGACUUACACCAGUGAUUACACGGCACAAGUUCUAGUCGGCUACUGUGUGGUCUAUGUCUUCAUGCAGACGUUUAUGAUCCCAGGGACUGUGUUCAUGUCGUUGCUGGCCGGAGCCCUCUUUGGGGUUUUCAAAGGUGUAGCUCUGGUGGUGUUCACCGCCACUGCUGGAGCUUCCUCUUGCUUCUUCCUGUCAAAGAUCGUUGGCCGCCCUCUGGUCUUCACUCUCUGGCCUGACAAGCUCGUGUUCUUCCAAGAGCAGGUGGCACGUCGAAGGGAGAGAUUGUUGAACUACAUGCUGUUCUUGAGACUGACUCCUACAUUGCCAAACACAUUCAUCAAUGUGGCAUCGCCUAUUGUAGAUGUGCCUUACCACAUCUUCUUCCUGGCGACAGUCAUUGGGCUCAUCCCUGCUGCUUAUAUCACUGUCAAGGCAGGAAUAGCUCUGGCAGAGCUGCAGUCAGUGACGGAUCUGUACGACUUCAACUCCAUUGCAGCUAUGUUCCUCAUUGGGGUCGUUUCCAUCACCCCCACGCUGAUGGGCGGCAACGAACAGAAGAAGAAAGCCGCCAAUGCUGCGAUCGAAUAGCAGAUCAUGACGACAUGAUGGUGAGUGUCGUCUGCCUGUGGAAGAACACGAAAGGUGCUUUCAAGGUAAAGGGCAUGGUUUCUGUACGUACAGACCAGCACUAGAAGGAAAAGGCGGAAGGGGGCAAAAAAUGUACAGCUGAUGCUGUUAGAUAAAAGCUGAGAUGGAUGGGCUGACUGUUCGUGAUGUUGGAAUGUGUAAAUUUGAGUGCUUUUGUAAAGUCUGAUGGGGAAGAAGGGUGUUCGGCGGAGGGAAGGCGGGAGAGGAAAGGGAGGUGGAAGUGGACAUUGUUAAACUUCAAUCAUGUAAACCGUUGUAUAGCUCCCACCUUUUAACUUGUUCUGUAAGGAAAUAAGAUUUCUUCUUAUUUUGUUUCCCAUUCGCGCACGUCUUAUGAUUCUUUUG